AUGAAUAAGCUGCAAUUUUGUGGAAGCUACGUCCUGGAGCAACUCGAUGGCGAGCUGCUCACAACGAAGGCAAAGCUCGACCUGAUGGAGGAGGCUGAUGGCGUAAUGGUCGUCGCCAAGGUUGCCAACACGUUGCAAGGCAAAGUAACGUUUAAUGAUGGCAAACUAAGCGGUGGCCUCACGUCCACGACGCGUACGGGGACAGACGAGCAAAGCAUGAUUGAGAGGGCCUUGUUAAAGGGGUUUGGAGCCGGUCUUGACGUGCAGUGGAGCCACGACACUCUGACACUGGCGGGGGAGUUAAACAACCUCGUGUUCCAUCGUGUGUUGACGGUUGAGAGUCUUGUUGGUCGGUACGCUUUCAGGGAGUUCAACGGCAAACCCGUCGAAGCUGGGGAUAUGGAGCUGGUGGUGAUUCCCAGUAACGAGGAGUGCGUCUCGGUGGUUGCUCAGUUCACGAAUACUCUUCGGGGCGAGUUGAAGCUGGAGGAUGACAUUCUGCAGGGUGUGAUUGCCUCAACGACACUCGACUCUGAGGGCGUGCAGAAGGAGAUGGAGGGGAGGUUUUAUGCAGGCAUGGAUGGUGGUAUGCGGGUGUUUGUCGACGGGAGGACCCUUACCCUGAAGGAUGACCACAGUGUCUUCUUGUAUUUGCGGUCGCUGCUUCCGAGUGAUGUUGCCGGUGAGUAUAUGUUCAAGACUCUCAACGGUGCUCCCGUGCGCUUGGACGGGCAGGCAAGGCUUGUGCUUUCCCAGGGCAGGGGCGGGGGCGUGGACGUCGUCGCGAAGGUGGUCAACAUUCUGAGCGGGAGGGUGCAGAUGGCAGAGGAUACGUUGCGUGGGGAGCUGAUGGCAACGACGAUGCUGGGGAGCGAGGCCGAAAUGCUUCUGGAGAGUGCGUUGACUAGCGGCUUCAGCGCCGGUUUUUUAUGCACCCUUGACGAGGGACGGCUGACAAUGCGUUGCGGCGAAAACACACUCGUGUACGCAAAGGCAGUUGCCAUGCCGUACUUAAAUGGGAAGCCGACGUACCUGGGAGAGAGCGUGGUGCCAUGCUUCAAGGGUCACGGCAACGGGCUGAUGUUUCGCAUCGUCAACGCGGACGAGCGAAAGUGGGCGUUCUACAACGACACGACGGGGUACAACAUGCGCGUUGUGGUGACCUUUGGCCUCAGGUCGAGGGUUGAGGGUCUCAGUGACACAUUUCUGACGGUAAAUGAGGACGGCCAACAGGUGGCCGAGGCGUUAGUGGCCCCUGGCGCCACUGUUAUGUUUAUUGCUGGGCACGUGAACGGGUACAGGUGCUCCUACGACGCGGAGCCUCUGUAG